GAAGGAAGGGAAGAGUAAAUGGAUCAGAAUCAAAGUAUUGAAUGCGGAGAAGUUAAAGAGAAUGAGGUGAAUUCGAGAAAGCGGGCGCACAAACCAAAUUGGUUGGAGGAGUUACUGAACGUCAAGUUCUUCAAGUCUUGUGUGGCCCAUCGAGAGCUACGAAAGAACGAGACCAACAUGUUCUGCACGGAAUGUGUUAGAAGAAUUUGCCACCAUUGCCUUCCUCGCCACACUCUUCACGACACUUUACAGGUCCGGAAGUAUGUCUAUCAGGAUGUGGUCCGUCUUCGCGACAUUCAGAAGCACUUAGAUUGUUCUCAAGUUCAGUCUUACUCUAUAAAUAGUUCUAAAGCAGUAUUCCUGAACCCACGGCCUCAGACAAAACCCCCCAAACCACUUGGAAGUGAAUGCGUCACUUGCGGCAGAAGCUUGCAGGCGCCAUACCGUUACUGCUCCAUUGCAUGCAAGGUGUUAUCGUUGAAGCUUGUUGAUGCGUGA